GAAGAUGAAUAGUGGAAAUGAUAUUGUAUAUGAAUUAUGAGUUAGGGUUACAAAUGGCUCCAAGAGGAGUAUAAAUAGGGAAAUAAUGGGUCGGGCCGCUAAUAUGGGCCCGGUAGCCCAACUACAUAAAAGACUAAUCUAGUACAUAGUUACAUACAAAUGACAUAUAAGCAGUACAAUAAUACAAAUGAUAUCCGUAAGAUGUGUGUGGGCCACUGUCCGGGCCCAAUAGUCGUGAGACCCGGGGGUCCGAGUCUAUAUACUCUAUCAGGAGUCCCCCACUCUCUGAGUCGAGAGUAUUCGAGGCGAAAGAGAGUAGAACCGUGUGCUGAUCUGUCGCCGUCUGGUGAGUAAACUUCAUGAACAAAAAUUUGAAUUUCUGCUUCUUUGGUUAACGGAGGCGCUAAGUCCCCCGCUCUUCCAGUCCCCCACUCCUUGAGGCGAGUGUAAUGAGGUGAAGAGGAGUAGAGUAAUGCGUGUCGGAUGAUGUCUUCAACAGGAGGCCGAGGGUUGACACCUUUUGAUCCACGAUGGGGAGAUGCCUCGUUAAAAACCUCAUUAGGAAAAACCCUGUGGGAAAAAAUCCUAAUGAGGGAAAAAGAGUACACCGGAUGCCCCCAAAAUGAAACAAAAGGUGCGAGCCCUUCGGUCUGGAGAUGGAGCUGUAACGGUGCCCGUCUGCUGGAUGGUCGAGGUCGAUCUCUAGAUGUGGGUAGUUCAUCAUGAUUAGUAGUCCUAGUCAUCAAAUAAAGAUGACUAAGGGAUGGGUCGAGCGACCGUCCACAAUAUGAUGUCUGGUUCAUCAAAUAAAGAUGACCAGAACGUAAGGCCGAUGGGCCGAGAGGCCUGUACGAGAGCUCCACGUUGUCAAAUAAAGACGACAGGGCGAUGGUGCGCCCGAGGGGCCUGCAUAAGAGCUCUACGUCGUCAAAUAAAGACGACGGGGCGAUGGUGCGGCCGAGGGGCCUGCAUAAGAGCUCCACGUCGUCAAAUAAAGACGACGGGGCGAUGGUGCAGCCGAGGGGCCUGCAUAAGAGCUUCACGUCGUCAAAUAAAGACGACGGGGCAAUGGUAUGGCUCAGAGGCCUGCAUAAGAGCUCCACGUCGUCAAAUAAAGAUGACGGGGUGAUGGUGCGGCCGAGGGGCCUGCAUAAGAGCUCCACGUCGUCAAAUAAAGACGACGGGGCGAUGGUGCGGCCGAGGGGCCUGCAUAAGAGCUCCAUGUCGUCAAAUAAAGACGACGGGGUGAUGGUGCGGCCGAGGGGCCUGCAUAAGAGCUCCACGUCGUCAAAUAAAGACGACGGGGCGAUGGUGCGGCCGAGGGGCCUGCAUAAGAGCUCCACGUCAUCAAAUAAAGACGACGGGGUGAUGGUGCGGCCGAGGGGCCUGCAUAAGAGCUCCACGUCGUCAAAUAAAGACGACGGGGCGAUGGUGCGGCCGAGGGGCCUGCAUAAGAGCUCCACGUCGUCAAAUAAAGACGACAGCGUGAUAUAUGGCUCAGAGGCCUAUAUGCGAGCGCCAUGUCAUCAAAUAAAGACGACGGAGCGAGAUAUGGCCGAUGGGCCUGUAAAUGAGCUUCGCGUCAUCAAAUAAAGAUGACGAGGCGAUAUAUGCCCGAUGGGCCUGCAACUGAGCUUCACGUCAUCAAAUAAAGAUGACGGAGCAAGAUGUGGCUCAGAGGCCUACAAAUGAGUUCCUCGUCAUCAAAUAAAGAUGACAGAACGAUAUAUGGCCGAUGGGCCUACAAAUGAGCUCUUCAUCAUCAAAUAAAGAUGACAGAGCGAUAUAUGGCCGAUGGGCCUGCAAAUGAGCUUCGCGUCAUCAAAUAAAGAUGACGGAGCGACAUAUGGCUGAACUCUGGGCUCCUUUAGCCUUUCGGCCGGAGACCGCAAGAUGUUCGCUAUAUCUGAAUAGGGGGACGAGGCGGUGGACGCCUGUCUGAAUAUGAGGACGACGACGCUGAUGAGUCGGUCCGAAUAUGAGGACGACAGUGCUGACGAACCGGUCCGAAUAUGGGGACGAUGGCGCUGGUGAGCCGGUCCGAAUAUGGGGACGAGGCGAUGAUAAGCCAUGCUUCAUAUGAAGGCGACGGUCACCAUCCAGGAAGGGAAUGGCGAGCCUGGUCGCUAGAUAAGGACUUCGGCACUGGGGCCGGUCUAAAUGUGAGGACGAGGCGAUGCUGAGCCGUGCGUCAUAUAGGGACGACGGUCGCCAUCCGGGAAGGGAUGGCGAGCCCAAUUGCUAUAACAAGACUUCGGCGCUGGGAGCCGGUCUUGAGAUAAAUAAUCAUGUCGCGGCCGAGAGGCUGAUCGCGAUGUGCGGAUGACAAUGAUGAGGAGUCAGUCCGAAAUAUGAUGACGAGGCGAUGAUGGAGCCGAUCGUCAUAUAGAGGCGAUAGUCACCAUCCAGGAGGGGAUGGCGAGCCUGAUCGCUAGCCCAACACACUCAGCGUUGAUGAAGCCGGUGUUGGGAUAGGGUGUGACGUCGUGGCCGAGUGGCCGAUCGUGAUGCGAGGUCGUCAGCACUAUGAGGCUGAUCCAAAAGUCCAAGCAGCGGUCGCCAUCCGAUGAAGGAAUGACUGAGACCGGUCUUGGGGAUAGAUAAUCAUGCCGAGGCCGAGGGGCCGAUCGUGAUGUGCGGACGGAGAUGAUGAGCCGAUCCGAUAAUAUGAUGACGAGGCAAGAAUGAAGCCAAUCGUCAUAUAAGGGCGAUGGUCACCAUCCAGGAAGGGAUGGCGAGCCCGAUCGCUAGCUCAAGACUCUCGGCGCUGAGGAAGCCGGUCUUGAGAUAGAUAGUCACGCCGAGGCCGAGGGGCCGGUCGUGAUGCGCGGAUGGCGAUGAAAAGAGCCAAUCCGAAAUAUGAUGACGGGGCAAUAAUGAGCCGGCCGUCAUAUAGAGGCGAUGGUCACCAUCCAGGAAGGGAUGGUGAGCCCAGUCGCUAGCUCGAGAUCGCAAUGAGACCGAGGGGUCUGCCGCGAUGUGAGCAUGACGGCGAUGAUGAGCCGUUCCAAUAAAUGAUGACGAGGCCAUGAUGGGCCAAUCGUCAUAUAAAGGCGACGGUCACCAUCCAGGAAGGGAUGGUGAGCCCGAUCGCCAGCUCAAGACUCUCAGCGCUGAGGAAGUCGGUCUUGAGAUAGAUAAUCACGCCGAGGCCGAGGGGCCGGGCAUGAUGUGAGGACGACGGCGAUGAGGGGCCGGUCCAAAAAUCCAUGCAACGGUCAUCAUCCGGUAAAGGAAUGACUAAGACCGGUCUCGAGAUAAAUAAUCACGUCGAGGCCGAGGGGCCGGUCGUGAUAUGAGGACGACGACGAUGAGGAGUCAGUCCAAACAAUGAUGACGAGGCGAUGGUGAAGCCGAUCGUCAUAUAAAGGCGAUGGUCACCAUCCGGGAAGGGAUGGCGAGCCCGAUCGCUAGCUCAAGACUCGCGGCGCUGAGGAAGCCGGUCUUGAGAUAGAUAAUCACGCCGAGGCCGAGGGGCCGGUCGUGAUAUGAGGACGACGACGAUGAGGAGUCGGUCCAAACAAUGAUGACGAGGCGAUGGUGAAGCCGAUCGUCAUAUAAAGGCGAUGGUCACCAUCCGGGAAGGGAUGGUGAGCCCGAUCGCUAGCUCAAGACUCGUGGCGCUGAGGAAGCCGGUCUUGAGAUAGAUAAUCACGCCGAGGCCGAGGGGCCGGUCGUGAUCUGAGGACGACGACGAUGAGGAGUCGGUCCAAACAAUGAUGACGAGGCGAUGGUGAAGCCGAUCGUCAUAUAGAGGCGAUGGUCACCAUCCGGGAAGGGAUGGCGAGCCUGAUCGCUGGCUCAAGACUCGCGGCGCUGAGGAAGCCGGUCUUGAGAUAGAUGAUCAUGCCGAGGCCGAGGGGCCGGUCGUGAUGUGAGGACAACGACGAUGAGGAGCCGGUCCUAUAAUAUGAUGACGAGGCGCUGAUGAAGCUGAUCAUCAUAUAAAGGCGAUGGUCACCAUCCAGGAAGGGAUGGUGAGCCUGAUCGCUGGCUCAAGACUCGCGGCGCUGAGGAAGCCGGUCUUGAUAUAGAUAAUCACGCCGAGGCUGAGGGGCCGAUCGUGAUGUGAGGACAACGGCGAUGAGGAGCCGGUCCUAUAAUAUGAUGACGAGGCGCUGAUGAAGCUGAUCGUCAUAUAAAGGCGAUGAUCACCAUCCAGGAAGGGAUGGUGAGCCCGAUCGCUGGCUCAAGACUCGCGGCGCUGAGGAAGCCGGUCUUGAGAUGAUGGACGGCGUUGGGCGCUCGUCUAAAAAUUGAGGGACGACGCUGGGCGCUCGUCUAAGAUGAUGGACGACGCUGUGCGCUCGUCUGAGAUGAUGGACGGCGAUGGGCGCUCGUCUGAGAUGAUGGACGGCGCUGGGCGCUCGUCUGAAAAUGAGGGACGGCGCUGGGCGCUCGUCUACAAAUGGAGGACGGCGCUGGGCGCUCGUCUAAGAUGAUGGACGGCGCUGGGCGCUCGUCUCAGAUGAUGGACGGCGCUGGGCGCUCGUCUGAGAUGAUGGACGGCGCUGGGCGCUCGUCUGAGAUGAUGGACGGCGCUGGGCGCUCGUCUGAGAUGAUGGACGGCGCUGGGCGCUCGUCUGAGAUGAUGGACGGCGCUGGGCGCUCGUCUAAGAAUGAGGGACGGCGCUGGGCGCUCGUCUAAAACAUGAGGGACGGCGCUGGGCGCUCGUCUAAGAAUGAAGGACGGCGCUGGGCGCUCGUCUGAAAAUGAGGGACGGUGCUGGGCGCUCGUCUAAGAAUGAAGGACGACGCUGGGCGCUCGUCUUAAAAUGAGGGACGGCGCUGGGCGCUCGUCUACAAAUGGAGGACGGCGCUGGGCGCUCGUCUAAGAUGAUGGACGGCGCUGGGCGCUCGUCUGAGAUGAUGGACGGCGCUGGGCGCUCGUCUAAGAAUGAAGGACGGCGUAGGGCGCUCGUCUAAGAUGAGGGACGGCGCUGGGCGCUCGUUUGAAAUGAUGGACGGCGCUGGGCGCUCGUCUGAAAUGAGGGAUGGCGCUGGGCGCUCGUCUAAAAAAUGAAGGACGGCGCUGGGCGCUCGUCUAAGAUGAGGGGCGGCGCUGGGCGCUCGUCUAAGAUGGUGGACGGCGCUGGGCGCUCGUCUGAGAUGAUGGACGGCGCUGGGCGCUCGUCUGAAAAUGAUGGACGGCGCUGGGCGCUCGUCUGAAAAUGAGGGACGGCGCUGGGCGCUCGUCUGAAAAUGAUGGACGGCGAUUGGCGCUCGUCUAAAAAAUGAUGGACGGCGCUGGGCGCUCGUCUAAAAAAUGAGGGACGGCGCUGGGCGCUCGUCUGAGAUGAUGGACGGCGCUGGGCGCUCGUCUGAAAAUGAGGGACGGCGCUGGGCGCUCGUCUAAAAAAUGAAGGACGGCGCUGGGCGCUCGUCUGAAAAUGAGGGACGGCGCUGGGCGCUCGUCUACAAAUGGAGGACGGCGCUGGGCGCUCGUCUAAGAUGAGGGACGGCGCUGGGCGCUCGUCUAAUCCGCAUGUAUGGUCUUGCUUCGUCCAUAAUGUGUAGUAUUUGCCUGAUAUGUACUUAGUAUUGUUGUGGGGAUUUCAUUUUUUGUUGCUCGAGACCGGUGAUAAAAAUAAUAACGCCAAUAAUAAUACAUCACUAGCGACCUCGGGAAAUUUUAAUCCCUCACAAUGAUCUUCACCACCUCGGGGGUUUUUAACCCGCCAUAAUGGUGGUGGAAAUAAUAUAAUUAAUAAUAGUAAUAAUUAUACUACUAUCAUUUAAUAAAUAUUUUAAAGGUAUAAAUAGGCGUAUUGGGCUGUUGGAUACUUAGCUCUUGAAAUUGGGCUGGAAAUUAUUGGAUUGCAAGGGCUGAAACUGAGGCCCGUUCUUAUGGCGAGAAUCAGUCUUGGGCUUGAAGUGGUCCUAGCCCACUCUUUCCUGACUUGUCUUAGGUUUGGCAGACCUUUUCUUGCUCGACAGAAAAUCAACGCGCGUACGCACCACCCUUCAGCCGCACACCAAUUCCUCGACAGAAAAUCAACGCCAAGCUGCCCUUCAGCCGCACACCAAUUCCUCGACAGAAAAUCAACGCCAAGCUGCCCUUCAGCCGCACACCAAGAUGUGGGAAGAAGGCCUUCAGUCGCAUUUGGCUCGCCCUGGGGCAUGGCGGCCUCAGACCGGAAGAAGAGCUGCGACCCUCAGGCGGAGGUCGGCCGGUAGAUCCCCAGGAGGAGGCAGGCGGCUCUGUGGCGGGGAUGAAGAAACUCAGAUUCGGUCACCGUCAUCUUCCGGAGCUCUGAGGUGGCCAUUAAUGGUGGACCUCCGAGCUUCCCUUGAGUAGCGAUGGUGACUGGAGCAGUGGCGGGGCGACCAGGCGCAACGCCGGCAAGGCUGUGGAGCUCGUACUUUGUGCAACGAGCUGCAGACGAUAUCUUUUGCCGUUGGCGUGCGGCGGCGACCAGGGCGGCGAGGACCUUCCCGGUGAAGACAUCUCCGGCUUCUGUGUGGGAAACCCAAAUCUUCAUCUCUGGAUCUUUCUUUUGAUUUUUCCAGAUAUAUUUUUGGUUGAUUUUUUGUGAUUUGGAUGAAUUUUUUGUAUUUUUUGGGAGGGUUUCUCACUUGAUUAUGCUCUAAUCUCUCAACGAGAGCACCAUUGAUGGAUUAUAGGUAUCCAAGUAUAUUAAAAUGGAGAGAUUGAGCUAGAUAAUUGGAGAAGAUGAAUAUUGGAAAUGAUAUUGUAUAUGAAUUAUGAGUUAGGGUUACAAACGGCUCCAAGAGGAGUAUAAAUAGGGAAAUAAUGGGUCGGGCCGCUGAUAUGGGCCCGAUAGCCCAACUACAUAAAAGACUAAUCUAGUACAUAGUUACAUACAAAUGACAUAUAAGCAGUACAAUAAUACAAAUGAUAUCCGUAAGAUGUGUGUGGGCCGCUGUCCGGGCCCAAUAGUCGUGAGACCCGGGGGUCCGAGUCUAUAUACUCUAUCAAUAAUCCUAACUAUUGUCGGUCCGCUAACAAUAAUCCCAACUAUUGAUUAUUUUUGUAAAAUCCCAACUAUAUGGACCGUCCGCCAAUAAUGGUCCAUGACCGCAUAUUACAUGCUCUAACAAGUGAAUCUUUAAUAGAAAUUAAGCGUAAAAAUUAAAAUUUGGGAUUAUUUAUAGGGAUUACCUACUAUAUCUUUUUAGAAACUAUAGUAAUUUAUUUAUAGUCGGUCACGUCGGACCAUCAUUGACGGAAGGUCCCUAAAGUUGGGAUUAUUCUGAAAUAAUCGAUAGUUGGGAUUAUUAUUAGCGGACCGUCAGUAGUUGGGAUUAUUACAAUCAACUUUUCCAUUAAUUUAUUACAAAAUUCAUAUGUAAAAAAUAUCAAGAAGGUAUUUUAUUGAUGGUGGUAUGCAAGGUUGUUUUUACUUGGAAUGUAAUUCGUCCCAGACAAGACCAGACCAAACCAGACCAAAACAGACCAGACCAGACUAGACCAGACUAAAACAGACCAGACCAAACCAUAUUUUAUUAUUAUUAUUAUUAUUAUUAGAGGUGUGCACCGGUUCAAAACCGGACCGGGCCAUACCGAACCGGAUAUCAUUCCGGUUCGAUCCGGUUCCGGUUUUUCCGGUCCGAUUCGAUCCGGUUUUCCGGUUUAAACCGGAUAGUGCACACCCCUUAUUAUUAUUAUUAUUAUUAUUAUUAUUAUUAUUAUUAUUAUUAUUAGGGGUGUGCACCGGUUCAAAACCGGACUGGACCGUACCGAAUCGGACCGAAUAUCAUUCCGGUUUGAUCCGGUUCCGGUUUUUCUGUUCCGGUUUUCCGGUUUAAACCGGUUAGUGCACACCCCUAAUUAUUAUUAUUAUUGUUAUUGUUAUUGUUAUUGUUAUUAUUGUUAUUAUGCUCAGUUGAUCCUAUCUGGGGUAUGUGCUGAUCUACCUUUACACAGUGCUCUUCUUGAUAUGUAUUGUAAUUGUGGUGACGUGAUAACAGCAUUGGAUGUUUUUAAAAAGAUUGACAAUCCAGAUUCAGUGUCUUGGAACUCAAUGAUAUCUGGAUAUGCAGAGAACAGAGACGGAGAGAGUGCAAUGAGAAUGUUUGUCCAGUUUGCACAAAGAUCUCUAAGCCCACCGGAUGGAUAUACUUUUGCAUCUAUUAUUUCUGCCACAUGUGCAUUUCAGGCGGAGUAUUAUGGGAAACCCCUUCAUGCCCAAGUUGAGAAGGCAGGACUUGGGAGUAAUGUCUAUAUUGUGAGCACAUUGUUAACCUUGUACUUUAACAACAAUGAAGCUGAUUCAGCACAAAAGAUAUUCUCUUCAGUUUCAGAGAAAGAUAUAGUUCUCUGGACUGACAUGAUAGUUGGCCAUUGUAGAAUCGGUGACACCGAUGGAUCUCUCAGAUUAUUCCAUGGAAUGUUCCAGAACGGUCUAGAGAUUGAUAAAUUCACUCUUAGCGCAAUUCUCAACACUUGUGCGGAAGGAGCAACUCUUAGACAAGGAGAGAUGGUGCAUUGCCUUGUGAUGAAGAAAGGGUGUGGUUCUGAAAUGAGUAUUUGUGGGAAUCUUGUGGAUAUGUAUGCCAAAAAUGGAGACCUCAAAUCUUCAAAAGUUGUGUUUUCACUUACAAAUAAACCAGAUUUAAAAUGUUGGAAUGCAAUGUUGGGAGGGUAUGGAUAUCAUGGGCAGCCUGAACAUGCAUUCUGGACUUUCAAUGAGAUUAUAAACAAUGGUCUAGAACCAGAUGAGGUAACAUUUUUGUCUUUGCUCACCUCUUGUAGCCAUUGUGGUUUGUUCAUCAAGGCGAAGCACUUAUGGAACUGCAUGAAAGAAAAAGGGAUAAAACCGGGACCCAAACACUACUCCUGCAUGAUUGCAUUGUUGAGUCGGGCGGGGUUGCUAGAGGAGGCAGAAGAGUUCAUUAUUGAAGAACUUCCGGUUGGUGAUUAUCAUCAUCUUGAAGCAUGGAGGAUUCUUCUGAGCUAUUGUGUUCGCUAUGGAGAUUUAAUAGUAGGGAUUCGGGCAUCCAGACAUGUGUUGGAUUUGGAUGCUACGGACAGUGCAACAAACAUAUUAGUUUCAAAUUUUUAUGCUGCUGUGGGAAGAUGGGACGGUGUCAGAGAGAUGAGGAGAAAGAUAAAAGAGACGGUGAGUGAGAAUGAUCCGGGUUUUAGUUGGUUAGAGGAAAUGAAGAACAAGACAUGUGUAUUUUCUUCUUUAGAUCUGUCGCACCCACAGAGUGGAAUAAUGGAAGCUAUGUUGCACGGGUUGCUGGAAACAAUGACACAUUCAGAAGUUGGUGAAUUUGACCUUACAGGGCAAUAAUCAGUUGGACAGCAAUGGCACCUUCAAAAGCUC